UGGCUUACAAAGACUAGGCAAUGUUACCUAGCAGUUUCCUGAUAUUCGUCACCUCACUGACGCCGGUUUAUAUCAAUGCACUAACGUGGACAUACGUUGAAUCUAUCCCAAAUGAAGAUCAAAGCAAUGCUUCGAAGUACCAGGCAGCAAUCAAAUUUGUGAACACCGCGGACAAUAAAGAUCAAUGCGACAAGGAUACAAUCAAAUUUAAUCUUGGUUACGUAACGAAUUUUGCAAAAAAGGAUACACUAUGUCAGACAACAAAAGAUUACGAGCUUUUGUGCAGAAAAAUGGAUGUUUUUGGGAAGAACACACCUUGGAUAGAGAAGACAAUAACGACCUUCUCAUCAAAACAUAAAGAGCAAAAGUUACCAGCAUGCGUAAAACGGCUUUACAAACAGCUCGAAAUUCCUCCCUGGCCAAAGCCAGAAGGAGAAACUACGAUUGCACUGAUUACUACAGAAGCAAAGCAAACUUCGAUAACUAAUGCGACGACCCGACCGUCUAUCAAAAAAGUGUCUGCUUCCAAAAGUAAAACCACCAAGGCCACUCAUGACUCAGGAGAUACGAAGUUCGAGGGAACAGUUCCAGAAGUUUCCGAACAUGAUUCACCUGAUGCUUUGAAGAGCUCAAGACUUCCACUCAUAGAUGAGCAUGCCGCCACUGAACACGCUCAGUCUGAAGGCACCGAGCAGCCACUAGCUAUCGAAGGAGGUGAAGCAGGUGCGCAUGUUCCUAAGAAAAGGAAACAAAAGCAGAAAAAUACGAUUCUGUAUGUGAUUAUUAUGAUUGUUCUUGUCAUAAUGCACAUGGUACUGAUCACCCUUCUAAUCUUUACAAUUCGUUGUUGGAGACAACUUCGUCGUCGAGAGAAUCUGCAGUCGAACUCGCGGUCUUCUCACAACAGCACUCUGGCAUCCGCUGUGGCUCCCCCUACUCCGGCUACUCCAGCAACUGGAACGCGUCCGGUACCCUCAGCCCAGCCUUCUGCACCUUCCCUGGACUUAUGGGCAACAAAGAAGUAGAGAGGAAAGAAUCUGAUUAAGUGUGUAAAGUAGAAUAGAGCAAUUAGUAUAUUUAAGAACGAGUUACCACAUAGCACUUAAGUUUCGUGUCAAAAUGAGAAAAGGUUGAAAGUCUUUUAGUCUUUUCUUAGUCGUUUACUCUCUUUGUACAUUGAUACUGUGGGAAAUUGACG